CAGUAAUAUCACAGUUCUGGAAUCUGCUCAGUGGCGAGAUCUAGGGGCUACUAUCGCCGAACGCCAGCCCUCCUUUUUUUUUCAUGUGGCCAUCUGAUAUGUGCUGUGGACAUGGAACAAGUCCGAAAAUAACCAAACAGUCGUGAUCAUUGUUGACCAAGUGACCUCGCUUGUAGGCGGCCCAAAGGGCAUAAACGCAUCAGUAACGGAUCCCAGUUCGAAAAAAACAGACUUGGGGAUCGUAAAUAUAUGAGGACGGACUGGACCCGCAUGCCCUUUCUCCCAACUUAGACAUUCGCCGCUCCUCAUAUUUUGUCCAGCGCUUGUCCAACACAUCAUCGCUUAUUUGCACUCCCACUCACUCUAUUCAGCAUGCUUCUCGCUCGCCGCUGUUCGGCUCUGUGCUCUAUGGCCCAGCCAUUGAGGCGGCCGAACCUCAUCCGUUGCCUCGCCACGGUCCAGAGUGCCACCGGCCGAGCAGCACCCAUCGGCGGCUUUCCAACGUCUUCCGCGCCAUCGGAGUUCAUUAUCACAGCUGAAAAUGGAUUCCUGCCCAUUAACGACCCCAUCAAGAAGCUUCCUGCGGAAUUCGAAAAGCUGGAAGAUCUUCUAAACCGCAUGCCCUUGACUCGAACCGAUACCAAACAGCCUGGCCUCCUCGCCACAGGACAGCUUGGCGCCGCAGUAGAAAAUGAACUCCCGUUAUACGAUGUGAGCAACAUUCAGGACCCACGCUUACUUCAUGCUCUUUUCCGCGAUUACACAUUCCUCGCCAGCGCCUAUCUUUUGGAGCCCUGCGACAUCUUCUACCGGAAGAAGCAAGAUUACGGCUUGGGCCGGUCGCGCCUGCCAAAGUCGAUCGCGGUUCCGAUGACGCAGGUUGCGGCAAAGCUGCACAUGAAGCCAUUCAUGGAAUAUGCCACCUCGUAUUCCCUCUACAACUACAAGCGGGUGGACCCAUCGAAGAGCCUCGAGUACGACAACCUUGCGCUGAUUCGGGGCUUCUCGGGUAUGCCUUCCGAGCACGGUUUCAUUUUGGUCCACGUUGCAAUGGUUGCGCAUAGUGGCUCGCAGGUCCGACACACUCUUGGAGCGCUGAAUGCAAUCCCCAGCAACGACCGCACGAGUUUCAACGAGCAUCUCCAUAAACUCAACAUGACUAUGUCCAAGAUCAAUGGAGAGAUGGAAACGAUGUGGCUCCGGAGCUCACCCGCUGACUAUACAAAGUUCAGAACCUUCAUCAUGGGUACGAAGAACCAGCCGAUGUUCCCCGAGGGCGUGGUCUACGAGGGCGUAUCAGAGACCCCUACCUUCUACCGAGGGGAGAGCGGCGCAAAUGAUAGUAUUGUUCCUUCGUUGGACAACUUCCUCAUGGUCACCGAAAACAUGCCCCAGAACGCCCUGACGGACAUCCUGCGGGAUUUCAGGAGCUACAGGCCUGAGAACCACACCAUGUGGCUCAGUUGGCUUGAAUCAAAGGCGAAAGAGGUAAACGUCAAGGGAUACGCACUGGAGGAUGCCAACUCGGCCGUUCUCUACUUAAGUCUCCUGGACCAACUUCGUGAUUUCCGUGCCCGUCAUUGGAACUUCACCAAAACGUACAUCCUCAAGAACACCAAGCACCCCAUCGCAACCGGGGGCUCGCCCAUCGUCACAUGGCUUCCCAACCAGCUCGGCGUCGUUCUCCGCGCCAUGACCGAGGCCAGCAGCCGGGUCAACAUGCUUAAGGAUCAAUUGACACCAAGGAACCGAGAGUUGGCGGACGAGUUGGCGGACAGGGCAGCGACGCAGAGCCGCAUCUUGGCACGAGAGGUAGAGGAACUGAAAACACAAUAUGUGGCCCAGGACGUAGCGGAAAUGGACUGGAAGAAGGCGCAGAGCUCCCAGCAGAUGUCGGCGUCGGCUUGAGCUGUAGUUUCCUUAUAAGCAUUUGAAAGUUGGAGAUACUAAAAGUAUAGCUGGUUUAUCAUUCAUCUCCUUUUGUAUUUGGUAUUAUACAACAGACAUUGCACUGAAUGACGAAC